UGGUAUUUGGGUUGGGAAGCAAGUGCAUCAUGCCAGUCCUGGGGUGUUCCCCCUGCUUGGGGCUGCCUGGCCCUUAUAAAAGGAGUCUCCAUCACAGUGCAGGUAUCUUCGUGACACUCAGUCAUAGGCCUUCUUUGGAGCCUCUGCUUCCUCGAGACCCAGGAGAGAUGUCUCACCAUCAGCAUCAGUGCAAGCAGCCCUGCCAUCCACCUCCUGUGGUGAUACCUAAGUGCCCUGAGCCUUGCCCACCUAAGUGUCCUGAACCUUGCCCACCUCCAAAGUGCCCUGAGCCUUGCCCACCUCAUCCACAUCCACCUCAUCCACACCCACCUCAUCCACACCCACCUCAUCCGCACCCACCUCCACCGUGCCAGCAGAAGUGCCCUCCUGUGCCACCAUGCCCACCCUGCCAGGAGAAGCAUCCACCCAAGUGCAAGUAAGAGCACCAGAUUUCAUCAGGACCAUGAAACAACAAGAUCCAGGCUCUUCCUAGUCCCAGGACUCCACCGUCCUCCCUUCAGCCAUGGUGACAGACUGCAUCUUCCUUAACCUACCUGCUGGAUUGAAGCUGACAGAGAAAAGGCUUGGUUCCUGAAGUUCAUCCCAUGUUGUUGGAAGAAGAGCAGCAGGAUUACCCCCGACCUGACUUUGCCCUCUGCCUGUCUGUCAUCUGGGUUGUGAUCUGUACCCUGUGAGCACUUAGUGUGUGUAUUCUUUUACUUCUGCAAUAAAGCACGUUUCAUGGUCGAGG